GAGACGGAUCAGCUGGAGGAAGAGAAAGCCGAGCUGGAGUCGGAGAUCGCCGAGCUGCAGAAGGAGAAGGAACGGCUCGAAUUCGUCUUGGUGGCCCACGCGCCCGCCUGCAAGCUCCCCUUCGAGGACGUCGGCUCCAUGGGUGCCGGCCCCGCCGAGGUGAGCACCCUGGGGCCACCUAACCCAUCCUAUACGUCUUCGUUUGUGUUCACCCACCCAGAGGGAGCCACCUGCGGAGCCUCGCAUCAGCGGAGCAGCAGCAGCGACCAGUCCUCGGACUCCUUGAAUUCUCCCUCGCUCCUCGCGUUGUGA